AUGAAAACCUCUAUCAUUCUAACUUUAAGCAUCAUUUCGUCUGCUUUCUCAAAGAGUGUUCCUGUUCAUGAAUCAAAUGAAAAAUUUAAUUUUUUUGAUUUAGAAAACUAUAGUUCAUCUGACUAUUUAACAUCAUUUCAUGUGUCAAAGCGUUCAAGUGCUUCAUAUACAUUUUUUUCUUUUUUAAGGGAUUCUGUUGAUAUUUCUGCUUUAGUCUUAGGAGGCAAUAUAAAUGAUAGAGAACAAUGUACAGAAUUUCUAGAAAGUCUUUGCGAAAUACUUCAUCCGGAGUUACCAGAAGGACCCUUUACUACUGUACUCAGGAAAAUAUGUGAAAUUAAACAAGGAUUAAAUAAGCUUUGUCAACAUUUAACUACUAAAUCUCGUCAUACUAAUUUUACAUUGAUUGAAAAAAAAUGUAUUGACCUUGAAAAUAUACUUUCAAGUAUUUAUAAUAACUUUAAUCUAAAGAAUGGGCCCGAUAGACUAAAAGGAAGAUGUAGCGAAUUAGAAACAUUAUGUAGCGUCUAUGAACCCAUUUGUGGUGGAUCCGUUUCUGUCCUUUGCAAUAGAAUUUCUACUGAUUGUUUUGAUUUACGUCGUGAAGACCAUCAAAGUUCAUUUUUACUUCAGGUCUUGCAGAAUGAUCUUAGUGAUCCUGAGAUUUGCCGUAAAUCGCUUCAUGAUAGAUGUCUAUGUCUUAGUACCCUUACUCCUACAAUGGCAGAUGCCUGUCUUCUUGUAGAUGCUACAUGUCAAAAUCUUAUGAAACAUAAAGAACAGAAAUGCUCAGCUCUUGAAUCUGCUAUUUAUGGAAUAACCCUAGGUGAUUCAGAAAACUCAGAAGAGUCUUUGGAUACUUCAGACAACACAUUGGAAACCGAUUGCACGUCGUUUCCUCCUUGUAUUGAUUUUUUAUCAUACUGUGAUAAUUCAGAAACAAGAAAGCAUUGUCAACGUAUAAAACAAAAAUGCACUCAAGAUAAUUCAAUUGAGCAUUCAACGACCAAAGUUAGUCUAGGUGAUUGUGCAUCAGCUUAUAGUAAUGUGGAUUUGGAUGCUUUUUUUCAUAAAUUACAUGAUAAUCAUCUUCUAUUUCCAUUUGGAUACCCGAGUCUUCCUGAUAUUUUGUUAUUUCUAGUUUCAUUAAUGCAACAUCGUGGUAAUAUGCAAGCUAGAUGCCAAUCAUUUUCUUUUAGAUAUUGUGAAUAUUAUAGGGGGGUAUUUCCUGUUCUGCAUAGUCACUGUAAUAGCAAUUUUUCGGAAUGUGACAAUUUAGAUACUAAAGCAACUAUAGCUUGUACUGAUUUAAAGAAAAAGCUUCAUAAAUUAGGGCUUGUUCGUAAAGACGGUGAUCCCCCUAAGUUAUACCGUGGUGCGCAUCACGAUUUUAUUUCUGUAGGUGAAUGUGCAACUUUAAUGGCAAAGUGUCACUAUUAUGGCCAUUUAUGUCCUGAACUUAGAGGCCCAUGUAGAAAUCUAAAUUCUUUAUGUUAUAAUCAUAAUAGGGAGAGUUAUUAUUUGGAUAAGUUCUGGGAUAAAAUAAAAAAACACAUGACAUCACAAGGUUUGGGUGUUUCAGAUCUUUUGCAUCCAAAAACCUUUACUGGACUAUAUCCAUAUAUUUUAGAAUUAUGCUCUACUUUUGGUACUACAAAUGAGUUAUUUUUUGGAUGGUGUUUACACCCCCUUAAUAUUUCUCGAAUGCUUUAUUAUUAUUUUAAAUAUGAUUUUACUGGUUUUCUAAAUAACUUAUCAAGUGAAGAUGGAAAACUUUCUUUGCCAGAAUGUGCGCUUUAUUCUCCCAAAUGUGCUGUAUUCUCUGUUGUUUUUGAUAAUUCUAAGCAUAUGUGUGAUAGGGUAAAUGAAAUAUGUUUUCAUCAAGAUAGUUUUGAAUAUUUUUUCGGAAAUGACACUGAUUUUGGAUUUACUAAAAAUUGA